AAUCACUGCAUUGUUAUGGUUCCUUCCCCAGGACUUAGCCAUUUGAUUCCACUGGUUGAGUUCUCAAAGAGAUUACUAUCAUUUCAAAGAGAAAAUUUGCAUGUGAAGUUCAUAGUUCCAACACUUGGUGCUCCUUCUUCUUCCAUGAAAUCCAUCCUCAACAACUCUCUUCCACCAAACUCAUCAUUCAUCAUUCUCCCCCAAAUCAACAUUGAAGACCUCACUGAGAAAUCUGACCCUGCAACUCAGAUGAAAGAAACAGUGAAGCACUCUCUUCCAUUCAUCCAUCAAGAACUCACCUCACUCAGUUCCACCAAUCACCUUGUUGCUAUCUUGUUCAGUGUGUUCUCAACUGAUGUUAUUGAUCUUGCAAGUGAAUUCAACCUUUUAACUUAUCUCUUCUUUGCAAGUGGAGCAACACUCUUUUCAUUCUGUUUUCAUUUUCCACAACUUGAUCAGGAUGCUGAUGAUUCCUCUAAGAACUCCUUGUUGGAGUUAACAGAUCCUGUUCAUGUUCCUGGUUGUUCUGUUCGAUUUCAGGUCAAGGAUCUUCCUGAUCCAGUUCUUUUUGAUAGAUCAAGUGAAGUCUACAAAUCAUUUCUUGCUGUGGUAAAGAACUACUCAUUGGUUGAUGGUGUCAUAAUGAACACCUUCACAGAUUUGGAACCAGAUGCAGUAAGAGCUCUACAACAAGAACAUAAUAAUAAUAUCGGAGAAAAGAAUGUUCCUUUUGUUUACCCAAUUGGACCAAUCAUUCAAAGUGAGACAAGUAAUGAGGUAAACAAGUUAGAGUGUUUAACAUGGUUGGAUAAUCAGCCACCAAGAUCAGUGUUGUAUAUCUCUUUUGGAAGUGGUGGAACACUUUCUCAAGAGCAACUCAAUGAGAUUGCAUUUGGAUUGGAAUUGAGUGGACACAAGUUCUUGUGGGUUGUGAGAGCUCCUAGCAACUUUGGUGGUUCUGCAUAUCUUAGUCAACAAAAGGAAGAUCCAUUACACUAUCUACCAUCCGGUUUUGUGGAGAGAACCAAAGAACAAGGCUUGGUGAUUCCAUCAUGGGCCCCACAAAUUGAGAUUCUUGGUCAUGGUUCCGUUGGUGCUUUCUUGAGCCAUUGUGGUUGGAACUCAACUCUAGAGAGUGUGUCACAUGGUGUGCCUGUGAUUGCAUGGCCACUGUUUGCAGAGCAGAGAAUGAAUGCAGUGUUGCUCAAAGAUGUGCUUAAAGUGGCAGUGAGGCCCGAGGCUAAUGAAGAUGGGAUAGUCAAAAGAGAAGAAGUGGCCAGAGUUGUGAAGGGGAUCAUAGAGGAGAAUGAAGAAGGGUUGAAAAUGAGAAAGAGAAUUAAAGAGUUGAGUGAUGCUGCUGCUGCUGCACUUAGUGAAAAUGGUUCCUCUAUGAAGGCGCUGUCUAGUCUUGCACUGAAAUGGCAAAACAUUUGAGUAACAUGUUAGUAUCAUGUGGAGAUAUUUUUAUAGAUAUUUUUUAGUUACUUUUCUCUGUGUGAACAAUAAUAAUGCACAUCCUAUGCAUUUUUCUAAUAAUGAAGUUUUUGUAUUAUUAGUUUUUUUCCUAAAUUAGAAGUGAAAUUCGAAUCUGAGACUUUUAAGUGAAAA